UUUGCAUUGGCAGGCUGAUGAGGACACGUGUCUCCUCCCUGCCUCCCCCCCCCCCCCCUCCCCCUCCCCGGGCUCCACGGUACCGCAUUGGCAUCAGUAAAGGCACCUGAAAGCCGACAACCGACUCCUGGAAAAGCUGGCUGCAACCUUAUAACCUGAAAGACAGCGAUAUUAUAGCCCCUACAGAAACCUGUGGCUCGCCUUUUGUCGUGCGUAAAGCUUUUGCGCACACCGCCAAACUGCCUCAGAGACUGAAGGUGCGCUACUCGUCUAUCACAGAGCGCAGUCCCAAAAUGCAGAAACGGAGCGGCGACUUCUGAAGGUGACAUGAACCUCGUGCUAAUCAAGAGCAGCAGGCGAUCACUGAGCAAGAAGUGGAGAUAGCAACUGAAAACCACCGGUGUCUUGAAACUAAACUUGUGUUUUUUUUUCCCGCGUGGCUUUAUCUGAUGCAGAGAACCAAGAGCUGCCACCCAAAGUAGCCUAACAUUUUUACUGUCUGGACGAGAAAAACACUAAUUUAACUGCAGCAAGAUCCAGGAGAGGAGUGAAAAAUGGCGACGUUAAUCAAAAGCAAGCUUUCUAAUAAACUGUCAAAUGCAGCCACCACUGUCAGCAACAAAUCCCAGGCGAAGGUGAGCGGCAUGUUCGCCAGGAUGGGCUUCCAGGCCGCCACCGACGAGGAGGGUCUGGGGUUUGCCGCCUGCGAUGACCUGGACUACGACCACCGGCAGGGCAUGCAGAUGGACAUUAUGACAAGCGAAGAGAUGGGAGGAGAGGGCGCCGGAGACGGAGGCGCGCUGGAGGGGGACAGCCACUACCAGAGGGACGGCACCGGUCCGCCGCACUCAGCUUCAAAAGACGGAGGUCUUACGGACGAGCUGGCUGAAGUCAGACCAAAAAUCACCGCUUGGGAGGCGGGCUGGAACGUCACGAAUGCAAUCCAGGGGAUGUUCGUUCUUGGGUUGCCCUACGCCAUCCUGCAUGGAGGAUACCUCGGACUCUUUCUCAUUAUUUUCGCCGCCGUGGUGUGCUGCUACACGGGGAAAAUCCUCAUUUCCUGCCUGUACGAGGAGGACGAAGAUGGGCAGCUGGUCCGUGUGAGGGACUCCUAUGUGGACAUUGCCAACGCCUGCUGCCAGCCCAGGUUCCCGGCUUUAGGUGGCCAUAUCGUGAAUGUAGCCCAGAUCAUAGAACUGGUGAUGACUUGCAUCCUGUAUGUUGUGGUCAGUGGAAACCUUAUGUACAACAGCUUCCCCAACAUGCCCAUCUCCCAGAAGUCCUGGGCCAUCAUCGCCACCGCUGCUUUGCUACCCUGCGCCUUCCUCAAGAACCUGAAAGCCGUCUCCAAGUUCAGCUUGCUGUGCACGAUAGCCCACUUUAUCAUCAACGUCCUGGUGAUCGCAUACUGCCUCUCCAGAGCGCGGGACUGGGCCUGGGACAAGGUUAAGUUUUACAUCGACGUUAAGAAGUUCCCCAUCUCCAUUGGGAUUAUCGUGUUCAGCUACACCUCGCAGAUCUUCCUGCCGUCACUGGAGGGAAACAUGCAGAAACCUAGCGAGUUCCAUUGCAUGAUGAACUGGACUCACAUUGCUGCCUGCAUCCUUAAGGGCCUCUUCGCCCUCGUAGCCUACCUGACCUGGGCCGACGCAACCAAGGAGGUCAUCACAGACAACCUGCCCCCCGGAAUUCGAGCCGUUGUCAACCUCUUCCUCGUGUCCAAAGCUUUGCUGUCGUAUCCGCUGCCGUUUUUCGCUGCCGUAGAGGUAUUAGAGAAAUCGUUUUUCCAGGAAGGGGGACGCUCGUACUUCCCAGAUUGCUACGGAGGCGAUGGACGCCUAAAGUCCUGGGGACUCAGUCUCCGGUGUGGCCUUGUCGUUUUCACCUUGCUUAUGGCCAUCUAUGUGCCCCAUUUCGCCCUCCUCAUGGGUCUCACCGGCAGUCUGACGGGUGCAGGCCUCUGCUUUCUGCUUCCCAGUCUCUUCCACCUCAAGCUUUUGUGGAGAAAGCUGCAAUGGCACCAGGUUUUCUUUGAUGUCUCCAUCUUUGUAAUAGGAGGUAUAUGCAGCAUAUCUGGUUUUAUCCACUCCACGGAGGGGCUCAUAGAGGCUUUCAAUAAUGGCGUAGAAGAGUAGAUUCAAGCCAUUGUCGGAAAUAGAUGUUAACUGCAACUCCCCAUUUAGUGAAAACAUAAAGUCACGACUUUGCAGCAAGCGCAGCCCCCCUUUCUGCUUAAACCAUGCGUAAAAGCACGCACAGACCACAUGUACGCACAUCUACAGUCUACAGCAUCAUUUAAGAACACACACACACACACACACACACACACACACACACACACACACACACACGCACACACACACACA